AUACUUUAUUUUGCAAAAUUGCAGUCAAGUCAUGAAAAAGUUUAUUUAAAUUGAGACAGGAAGUAUGUGAGAGUUGAGCUGGAAUAAUGCCAGAGAGGAUGGUAGACCCAGCUCAGCAGUCAGGGAUGCCCAACUCCAGUGAGGGAUCUGUGGUUCAAAAUGUUCAGUCUAUGAACAUUCUUCUGGACAUUUCUGAUCUCCUCAACACGGGUUUGGAUGCUGAGACCCUGGCUGUUUGUGUCAGACUUCUCGAACUUGGAAUCCCAGCCCAAGCCCUGGCCAUGACCAUCAAGGAAUUGAGAAAAGUUCGACACAACCUUGAAUCAACAUGAGUUUAGUUCACUGUUGAUUGAAGCCAUAUUCAGUGAAGUGACCCAUGAAGAAUUCAAGUGGCUAACAAGUUUUGGCACAAUCCCAUCGAGCCAAUUUCAUGGCAGAAGAUUCUAAAUUUCAGCUGCAGGUGGAAUCUGACUAAUGCAAAAAUUGGUCAGGUAUGAUUUUAUAAUAAAUAGUGAGUCUAUUGUCACCCUCAUA